AUGGGUAAAAAAAAGCAUAAUUUUCGGGAGUAUUUUCAUUUGGCCGAGUCUGAUAACCCAAAAGCAAAUAAAAAAGCAGCAAAGUUGUGUCGUAGUCAUCUUCAAAGUUGUGAAAAUUUUAAAGCAGAUUACAAUGAGGAUGAAGUUCUGGAAAUUUUCUCGCAACCGGUUCCUGAAGAUGCUAAAAAAAAGGCCAAAGUCAACACUGAAUUCGAAGAUGAAAUUUUCAAUACAUCAACAUCUGCCAAUACUGCAUCACAAAUAAAAAAGCAAACAAUGCGUGCUAAUUACGUUUUACACCCACUUUCUGAUAAUAAUAAAUCGCACUUUGAGAAUUUAGUACUACGAAUGAUAGUAUCAAAUGGCCUUCCCGUUACCUUUAUGGAAAACCAAGAAAUGCGAGAUAUUUUUAAUUUUAUGAUGCCAACCCUAAAGCUACCUAAUAGGCCAUGCGUGGAUAAAAUUGGGAUAACUGCAGCUUUCGACGGCUGGACAAAUAUCAAGAGAGAGUAUCUGUUUGGCCAAUCAAUAACCAAGAAUGCAAAACUUCAUAUUAAAAACAUAAUGAAUGAUGCAGAAGAAAAAGGCAUAAAAAUAAAUUGUUACAUGUUAGAUUCUGCUGGUGAAUAUGCGGCUGCAAGACGGCAACUAAGAAUUGAAUAUCUUGAUAAAGUUUUUGUGCCUUGUAUGGCGCAUCAGAUUAACUUGGUUGUUGGAGAAAUUUUCAAAGAAUCUGAUGCAUACAAAAAAACAUCAAAAAAUGCAAUACGCAUUGUUAGUUUUUUUUAUUCAUCAACGUAUUUUACAGGCUUAUUACGGAAUGAACAAAUGUCGUGUUAUAAACAAACUAUUUCUCUUGUCACCCCAGCUGAGACACGAUGGAAUAGUUUCUACUUUUGCUUUCAUUCUGUAUUAAAAAGUGAAGCUGCACUUAAAACAUUAGCCACUAAACUUUCGCCCACACUUCCAUAUGAUAUUAUAUUAAUUCUUCAAGACCCCAAUUUUUGGAAUCAGCUCUAUGAACUUCAAGAUUUGUUAUUUCCCUUAUGUGGUAUAUUAAACAAACUUCAGAAAGACAUUGCAAGACUGCAUGAGAUUGUACAUUGUUUUGGCUGGAUCAUUAAGGUUUUUGCAAACCAUAAGGAUGAGUACUUUUCUGAUCACAUGGUAGCAUGUUUAGAAAAUUGGUGGUCUCAAUGGGAACAACCCUUACUUUUACUGUCAUUAAUUUUACACCCAAAAUAUCGACUUUCGAAGUUUUCUCCCAAUACAUCCGGUCUUACUUAUACGUAUUUUGCUCAAUGGUUAAAUUACUAUUAUUAUGUAUGGUUUGAAAAAACAUCCACUCGAAUUUUACAAGAAUUUUUAUCAUAUCAGAAAGAAAAUUUUCCUUUUAAUAAAGAAAAAAUAGCAAAGGGCUUGGUGCCAGAAUUAUCUCAAUUAGCAUUACGACUCUUUGGCAUUUCUGAACAAAGUGAAGAUUCCGAAACAAUUAACGAUGAUAUAGUCGAUGAUCCUGAAGAUUACUGGUCUCAUGUAAUUGAGAAUUGGAUUGAUAUGGUAGAUGCUGAGAAUCAUGUAGAUAAUGAGGAAAUCAUGGAUAAUGAAACGCUUGAAUUUGAGUUUGGUGGACAUAUUAUCCAUCCAGCGGAGGAUCCAUCGGCAAAGUGA